AUGAAGACCUUCCCAGCAAGGACAUUGGUGUCCUCUUUCGUCUUGUCUUCGUUCCCGCUCACGCUUGCACUCUCCUUGCCCACGACGCUGCCUGGCCACUGGUCCUAUCAAGGAUGCUGGACCGAUGUCCCCGGCCGGACCUUUAGCGGCGCCUCGUACGCCGAUGGCACCAACAUGACCAUCGAGAACUGCAUUAGCUACUGCACAUCCAAGGGCUUUCCGUAUGCCGGCGCCGAGUACUCGCAGGAAUGCUGGUGCGACAGCGGCUACGCCUCCGGAGCCACCAAGGCUGCCGAGUCGGACUGCAGCAUGGCUUGCACCGGAGACGAUACCGAGCCCUGCGGCGGCCCGAGCAGGCUUUCGGUCUUCCACACAACCGACGUUCUCGGCCCCCAGCCCAGCCCGGGUGUCAACGGCUACGUCUACAUGGGGUGCUACGCCGAGGGGACGACCGGCCGUGCUCUGACCUACGGCGCGGGCCUGUCGGGCAGUGAUCUGACCGUUGAGAAGUGUACCGCUGCCUGCCAUGCGGCUAACUAUAUUCUCGCCGGCGUCGAGUAUGGCGGGGAAUGCUACUGCGGCAACACCAUCGCCAACGGCGGCGCCCCCGCCACCAGCGGCUGCAGCAUGACCUGCAAUGGCAACAGCAGCGAACUCUGCGGCGGGCCCAACCGUCUCAACGUGUACAAUUACCAGAACCAGUACUCUGCGUCCUCGACUCCGACGGCGACCUUGCCCGGGAACACCGACGUUGCAGUCUCGACGACCCCCGCGGCGACCCCGACCGGACCGUCUCAGCCGGCAACCGUGGGCAACUACGUCUGGAACGGCUGCCGGACCGAGGCCACCAACAUCCGGGCCUUGAGCGAUGCCACCUUCGCCGCCGACACCAUGACGCUCGAGGCCUGCCAGUCCUUCUGCUCGGCUUACACGUACUUCGGCACCGAGUAUGCCCGUGAAUGCUACUGCGGCAACAGCUUCAACGCCGGCUCCGUCCCUGCGCCUGAUACCGACUGCAACUUCCCCUGCGCGGGCGACGGGAGCGAGUACUGCGGCGCCGGCAACCGCCUCUCGGUCUACGGCAAGAACGGCACCGCGCCGGCGAGCUCGACGUCUUCCGCCCCGGCGACGACUACUUCGUCGAGUCCCGUCGUGACCGGCCUGCCGGCCGGAUGGACGGCGCAGGGCUGCUGGAUCGACGGACUGCAGGGCCGCAUCCUCCCGGACCAGCUUCCCGACAGCCAGUCGAACAGCCCGGCGGAGUGCGCCAACGCCUGCGCCGCGGCCGGCUACAUCAUCUCGGGCACCGAGUACGGCGUGCAGUGCUUCUGCGGCAACGCCAUCUACAACGGCGGCGCCAAGACGGCCGACUCGGACUGCAACAUGGCUUGCCCCGGCGACGCGACGCAGACGUGCGGCGCCGGCAACCGGUUGAACAUCGUUUCCAAGGGCACUCCGCAGGCCUACGCGCCGCCGGCGCCGCAGACCGGGGGUCUCGGCGACUGGACCUACCAGGGCUGCGUCGAGGACAACCUCAACCAGAAGCGCACCUUCUUCUGGCAGCUCUACUUCCCCGGCAACAUGACGCCGGCCAUGUGCCUGGACCGGUGCGCCAAGUACGGCUACAUGGCGGCCGGCCUGGAGUACGGCGACGAGUGCUACUGCGGCGACCCGGCCAACAUGGAGACGAGCGGCGCCACCUUCCGGCCGGAGUCGGAGUGCAACGUCGUCUGCGCCGGCAACGCGAGCGCCAUCUGCGGCGGCGGCAGCCGUCUCAGCACCUACUUCUGGACCGGCACGCCGUUCUACUCGUGGGACUUCCCGACCGACUACCGGGCCGGCAAGUACGAGCUCCUGGUCUGGGGCGUCAACACGCCGCUCAUCACGCAGGAGUCCAUCACCGGCAAGGUCACGCUCCUCUCCAAGGGCGCCACCGGGCCGGGCAACGAGACGGGCGCCUACGAGCUCGACCUCGCCACGCUGACCUUCCGCACGCUGCACAUCAAGACGGACGUCUUCUGCGCGGCCAGCGUCACCCUGCCCGACAAGGUCGGCCGCCAGCUCAACGUGGGCGGCUGGGCCGGCGACGCCACCUACGGCACGCGCCUGUACUGGCCCGACGGCUCGCCCGGCGUGCCCGGCACGCACGACUGGCAGGAGAACGUCAACGAGCUGAAGCUCCAGGCCGGCCGCUGGUACCCCAGCGUCAUGGUCAUGACCAACGGCUCGAUCCUGGUCGUCGGCGGCCUGAUCGGCUCCAACGACGCCGCGACGCCCUCGCUCGAGAUCCUGCCCUACACGGGCACGCCGCCGCUCUACAUGGAGUGGCUCGACCGCACCCACCCCAACAACCUGUACCCCUUCCUCGCCGUCCUGCCCGGCGGCGGCAUCUUCGUGCAGUACUGGAACGAGGCCCGCAUCCUCGACCCGGUCACCUUCGCCACCACCAAGGUGCUGCCCAACCCGCCCGGCGCCGUCAACGACGACCUGGGCGGCCGCACGUAUCCGCUCGAGGGCACCGCCGUGCUGCUGCCGCAGAGGUGGCCCUACAGCGACCCGCUCGGCGUGCUGAUCUGCGGCGGCUCGACCAUCGGCCCGGGCAACGCGCUAGACAACUGCGUCUCGAUCGAGCCCGAGGCCGAGAACCCGACCUGGACGAUCGAGCGCAUGCCGUCGUUCCGCGUCAUGUCGUGCAUGGCGCCGCUGCCCGACGGCACGUACCUGAUCGCCAACGGCGCGCUGCACGGCGUGGCCGGCUUCGGCCUCGGCGUGGGGCCCAACCUCAACGCGCUGCUCUACGACCCGACCAAGCCGGUCGGCUCGCGCAUCACCGUCGCGGCCAACACCACCAUCGCCCGCAUGUACCACAGCGAGGCCAUCACGCUGCUCGACGGGCGCGUGCUGAUCUCGGGCUCGGACCCGCAGGACGGCGUCAACCCGGAGGAGUACCGGCUCGAGGUCUUCCUGCCGCCGUACCUGCUGAGCGGCAAGCCGCGGCCGACGUUCCAGCUGGCGAACCGCGACUGGGCGUGGGGGCAGACGGGCAUCCCCUUCACGCUGGGCGGGCCGGCGCAGAACGGGGCCAUCACCGUCACCCUGCUCGGCUCGGUGGCCAGCACGCACGGCAACUCGAUGGGCGCGCGCACCAUCAUGCCGCGCGUCUCGUGCGCCGGCACCGCCUGCACCGUCGACGCGCCCCCCGGCGCCACCAUCGCGCCCCCCGGCUGGUACCAGUUCUUCGUGCUCGACGGCGGCGUGCCCGCCGUCGGCGUCUACGUGCGCAUCGGCGGCGAUGUGGCCAAGCUCGGCAACUGGCCGCAGUAUCCCGACUUUAGCACGCCGGGUGUCUAG